GUGACGGCAGGUAAAGCAAGAACAGCGCGGAAGAAGGAACAUGCUCGUUACCGCGAUGGAUCACAUUCAUCAGUCGAGACGCUUAAACCUUGGCCUGAUGAGCUCCCACGCGGCGGACGCCGACUCAGAGUAUCUGGACCUGGCGAACCACAACAUGCAUGCUUCCGCCCCGUCGACGUACCACCUGUCGUUGCAGCACUCGCACUCGUUGGACAUGAACGCGCAGUACCUCGAUCAAGACGGCCUCCAGGACGACCAGUACACGUUGGGGGGGCAACUUUCGAGUCCCAAGAACAACGCCAAGCCGUCGUUGUACAAAACCGAGCUGUGCAAGCGCUUCUCUGAGUAUGGUAGCUGCCGAUACGGCGCCAAGUGCCAGUUUGCGCAUGGGCUGCCGGAACUUCGCCACGUGUUGCGCCACCCCAAGUAUAAGACCACCAAAUGUAAGUCGUACUGGGGCUCGGGACACUGCCCGUAUGGAAGCCGAUGCCGCUUCAUCCACGAAGAGGAAGUGUACAAUCCAAACGUCAAGAACUCGUUCCGCGGCGGGAUCACGCAAGAAAACGAACUGUCCCCCACCGGCCAAGGCGGGCCGUCGUUCCUCAACUCGUCGGGGUACGCGCCCGACUUUUCCCCCACGUCUACCGACAUGGGCCCUGGCAUGUACAACCCCGACUUCUCCCACGGCCCGAGCUCGCCGCAGUCGUGGCUCGGCGACGCCAGUCGCAGUAAUUUUAUUCGCUCGUCACCCAGCGACAUGUACCCUACCAAACCCAACCCGAUCGGCCCCAAGAAAUCGCCCAUGGCUGGUGCGUCCCACCAUCAUACGAACGACCUCGACCACGGCGCGGAGUACUCUGGACUGCAAGACGCGAUCAAGGUGUUGAUGAACUUCAACUACGAAGAAUCGACCCCCAUGGCUCCCGCGUCUUCUCCCACCGGCACGUCGCCGUCGUUGUCCAUCAAGUCUCCCCUUGCGCGCGGGGACAUGUCCCUUCACGCCGACGAGUUGUGGAAGGACUUUAGCGCCGCGUCCAUCUCGGACGCGGCCGACGACGCGUCUGCUCCGUCGAGUUCUUCGGACCAAAAGUGGUUCUCCAACGAGCAUCCCCCCAAACAACCACCCCCCCCGUCCAACUCCGCGUCCGCUUCGUUGCCGCCCCAGUUUGAUACCAUCGACAGCCGCGACGACAUUUCCCGCUUGAGCUUUUUCACUAAGUUCAAGUGAAUCUGCGGACAUGUUCGUGGCGGAACACGACUGACUGUACAUAGGGAAGACGCGAUUAUUUUAUUUUAUUUACAGGUAUAAAUAUUUCUACUGUUCCGAUAUCUAUUUAUUCCGUCUUGUUGUGUUUUAU